AUGGCUGGAUCUGCCAAUAGUGUGAACUGUUUCAAUGUUGCUGAGUGUGGGGUUGUUGUGUGUAUUACAGAUCCAUCGGCGCCGCCAGGUAGCGGGUCGGGGUCGCCAGUGCAGUACAGUAGCGUUGCCCCCUCCAUCAGUGCCCCCGCCCACGGCAACGAUGAGGCCGAGGCAUCAACAGCCAGUCCAGGAGUGGGACUCAUCGCAGGCAUUGUCGUCAUCGCUGUUCUCGUCAUCGUUGUCAUUGUUGACUUGACAUGUUACUGUACCAAUAAUGCUGGUUUGACUGCGGCUGUCCUGGGUAAGCGAGGUGUCAAGGAUAAAGACAAAGAAGCAAUGCUUGAGGACGGAAAGAAUGCCAGUGAGGAAAAACAUGAAGGUAACGGGCAAAUGAAGCAACAGAAGGAAGAGGAAGCAAAGCAAGAGCAACAAGAAGCUGAUGAGAAAGUUAAGGAGACAACCGAACCUACGGAAACGACCCCCAUGAUCCAAGGAAGAGGCACUAACAGAAAAUCCAAAGUGAAUGAAGUGGAUGUCAGGACACUUAAUGUACAAGAUCAAAGACAGCGAACGCAACAAGCAUACGGCCAACAUAAUCCUGUUCCAAUUAACAUGCAAUUCAUGGGCCAAAGUGGGGAAUAUGAGAGAAGUCAAAAUGUCCGUGGCAGACAGCCUCAGAUUGUGAAAGCCAUAAUGAAAAACAAUAGCCAGAACCAGAGUGCCUAUGGACCAAGUGGUCGGCCUUACAGUAUGGCAUUAGCACUUGAGAAUCCGGUCUUCAGAACGGGUAACUCAAUGAAGAGUUCCAGUAGCACUCCAAUUCUUGAUCAUGAGACUUCCACUGACUCUAUUUAUGAUGUCCCUUUCCUGGCACAGCAUGCACGUCCUCCGGUUCAUUCUCCAGAAACCCCUAAUCCAAGACCUCCAUUGCCAGCGAGGAAUCCAGAUACACGGCUGACUUUAGGGGGACAGUCUCAAAGUCAUGACAGACUUCUUAAUCAUGUACAAGAAUCCUCUACAGAUACGUUUUAUGAAGAUCAUCCCUCCUAUUAUGGAGGAUCAAGCACUUCAUACAACAUGGCAGCAAGCAGAGAGGCACUAAAUCAGGCACCAAGACCUCCUUACAACAUGUCAGCAAGCAGAGAGGCACUAAAUCAGGCACCAAGACCUCCUUACAACAUGGCAGCAAGCAGAGAGGCAUUAAAUCAGGCACCAAGACCUCCUUAUAACAUGGCAGCAAGCAGAGAGGCACUGAAUCAGGCACCAAGACCUCCCUACAACAUGUCAGCAAGCAGAGAGGCACUGAAUCAGGCACCAAGACCUCCUUACAACAUGGCAGCAAGCAGAGAGGCACUAAACCAGGCACCAAGACCUCCCUACAACAUGUCAGCAAGCAGAGAGGCACUGAAUCAGGCACCAAGACCUCCCUACAACAUGUCAGCAAGCAGAGAGGCACUGAAUCAGGCACCAAGACCUCCUUACAACAUGUCAGAUGCAGCAAGCAGAGAGGCACUAAACCAGGCACCAAGACCUCCCUACAACAUGUCAGCAAGCAGAGAGGCACUAAAUCAGGCACCAAGACCUCCCUACAACAUGUCAGCAAGCAGAGAGGCACUGAAUCAGGCACCAAGACCUCCCUACAACAUGUCAGCAAGCAGAGAGGCACUGAAUCAGGCACCAAGACCUCCUUACAACAUGUCAGCAAGCAGAGAGGCACUGAAUCAGGCACCAAGACCUCCCUACAACAUGUCAUUGAGGAAUGGGACAGGAAGUCCAAUGCUGUCAAGUAAUACCAGCCAGUCUGGUAUAUAUGAGACAAUAAAUAGUCCUAGGAGAUCCCCAAGUCAGAGCUCACUAAGUACGCUCUAUCAACCAAUUCAGACUCCUCAAUAUGAUGCAAAACCCAAAACUGCAUUUGAAAUUGCACCCUAUGAUGAUCCAGUGUCACCAGGUCCAGCAAGGAGACCUGAUGCUGGUAGAGAAGUUCAACCAAAACCUAUGUCCAGGUUACCAGGACAACCAUCAGGCCACACCUUCAGCCCUGAUGCUUCAGCACCACAGAAUCAUGUCCCACCACCUAUCCGGCCCUCGGUACCACCACCAGCCCCACCACCCUCCACUGAAAAUAAAGAGAACAAGAAACCUCUAAAAACGGUAACAACUCUACACUUCCGAGAACGUCCUCAGCCGCAGAACCACAGUCAGAGCAUGGAUAAUCUCGAUGCUGCACAUUAUCCCUCACAAGACAGCCAGAGCUCAAGAACAUACAGUCCGCAGUCAAUGACAUCUGCAAGAUCUCUUGGCAGCUUGUUAAGCACAGAUUCCAGCCAACGGUCAUACCAACAACCAACUAUCAUCUAAAUGCUUGCAUGCUAAUGGGGUAGAGUUAGAAUGGCUUCUGUUUUAGCGAAAAGGAUGACAAAGAAGAGAUCCUGAAGGAGGAGCAAAAGGAGGAAGAGGAGAAGCUGAAAAAGAGCGAGUCCAAGAGUAGUGUAACAAAGGAUUCCCCAGUGUAGACCUUUGUCUUCUGCUAGUCUUCAUAUUUACACUUAAAUAGACAGGCUAGAAGAUUUGUAAAACUUUGAGGAGUGAGUGAGUAAUACUUCUACUACAUGUAAUAAAGGACUUAAGCUGCAACAAGGAAAAUAAAACUAAACAAGAGAAUGAGAAAAAGCUUUUCAAGAAUAAUUGCAAUGGGUUGAAAUAAAGUUUGCCAAAGAAAGUGAAUGAUAAGUAGACAAAGAGGCUAGGAUUAAUUCAUCACUAGAAAUAUAUUAGCAGCGUGUGGACUCUUAUUCUCUGGUUUUCAGGUACCAUGAACUAUUUUGAGAGUAGAAUAAUGCGUAGUAACAAAAUGACUUCUUAUUGACGUCCUUUUUGUGACUGCAUAUGGUAAAUUUAGAGAAAUAAUGUUUAGAAUGAGGGUCAGUAGUAAAUGUGAAUGCCUGUUAUAAUCCAGCAUUACUUGUGUGCAAGAAACUUCAUGUUCAUUUAUGUACUGAUGGAAGAGUUAUGUGAUUCUCAUAUUGUGAAAGCAUCAGCAAAAUAGUCAUAUAUUUUAGACUCCUCCCUUUUUAUGAAUAUAUAGUUCAUCAAAUGGUCAUGGAAAAGAGUCAGGCAGUAUUUUUUGUUUUACACUGCAAGGUAAAAAAAAUAUAUAUAAUGAUUUUAAAUGUGUGCAUGGAAGACUUUGCCAUCUUUGCUGUGCUGAUCAUAGCCUUAUCAUGUAAAGGAUAAUACUUUAAUGUUCACAAAUUAAUCGCAAUCUUUGGAUUUGAUGUCUGGGACAAGUUAUUCCUGUGGAUACUGUGCACUUGGUAUUGCCUCUAUGUAUGUAAUUAUAUUUUGGUUCUUUUUAUACCUCAAGGAAAAGGGAAUAAAAAAUAUUAGGCAAUCCAAUGGCUUGCAGCUAACACAACAUUGCAUCGUCUCCAGGAAAACUUUCAACUAGGCCUAGUCAUAUAGCAUAGCCAAUUACGAAACUGAGACGUGUGAUGCCCAUUUCAAAGUACUGUAAUUCAUCUCAGUUGCUAAGUGAAUUUGAUAUAUGGACAUUUUGCAAAUAAUUUUUACAUAUUGCUCUUGGCUGAAUAUCAACACUACCCAGAAUUAAAGAAAUUUUGUUGUUUUCUUACAUUAGAAAAUGUAUUGCAUAUGAUUAGGUGCAAUGUAGAGUCUACAAAAUGGCUUAUGGUUAAUAUUUUGAGAUUUAUAAUGGACCAAAUUGUAAUUUCUAGAUAAUUAAAAUCAGUGCACUUUAGUAUAUAAUUGAUAUUUUCAAUUCUUAUUUACCAGUGACUGUACAAACAUUUUAAUUAUUUGCUCUCUAAGAUUGACGGAGCUUAUGAAGAGUUUCUUUGAAGUUUUUUUCAUGGUUGUGUCAUAUCAACCUGGGCAAAUGCCUUAACUAGAUAAGUAUAAACUGAAUUCUUACACAGUAGUUCUGUAUUUUAAUGAUAAUAGGAUGAUAUUUGCCCAGUUGAUAUGACAACAUAUACAUACUGGGUCAAUGGUCUGAACACUCAACUCUAAAUUGUGAUUGGAUGCCCAGUCAUGACCCUUGACUAUGGUUGUUCUAAGAGUCGGUAUGUUGUCAUUACUGCACCCAUGCUUGGGCUCGUGACUGUCAUCUUGUCACCCCUUUUCCAUAACUGUGUCUUAGAGUUCAAGUUGCAUCAAAUGUAACAAGGCUCUUGUGACAGAGGAGUAUUGCAAAUUCUGAAAUGACACUUAGGUGAAAGAAAUGUCUUAUUUAUUGAAAUCUACUUUAUAGCACACUUUGGAUAUUACUUUCUAUACUGGCUAUAUUCCUAAUUCUGCAAAUGCCAUUCAUCAUUUUUAGAUAUUUUAUAAAUAAUAUAAGCCUUACACAGGUUUUGAAAGUAAUUUCACUCCAAAUAUAUACCUAGUUAUUUACUGUAAAGCCAGCAACCAGUAACUUAAUCAGUAAUAUAACAUUCAAGUACUUACCUCUGCUCAAGUGCCAUUUAAGAAUUUGACUGCUGUAUGGCUCACCAUUUUUGCAUAAGACAGCACGUGGUUGAUAUCAUAUGGGCGGGCACACUACCCAUGAUAGCAUUGGAUUUUUUUUCUUUUCUUUUUUUUACUUUUAUUCUUAUCCACAGACACUGCUUUCUGCUUGAAAAAAAGUUGUAAAUAUAUUAAUGUAAACAUUUUAACAUCAAUUGCUAUGUGAGAGUUUUGGCUGUGCUUGAGGAUUAUAAUGUGUGUAGCAUUUAAUGGAGAGAGUGAUCUUCUGUAUCAAAAGCAGAGCUCUCACUUACCACUAGAGGAAAAAAAAACAACAACUACAUAGACUUUUAUGUCUAUCUCAUCGGUUUUGUUAUCCACAAUCUGUAUAACAUUCCUUACUAUGAACUUAUUUUACACAUUUAGAAAAAAAAUAUAAGUAGACAACCCUGUUUUCUUUUCGUGUACAAUGAAUGAUGAGAGCAUUUAUAUAAACCUAUUGUAGCUGUGUCUGCCCCUACCCGUGUGUUAAUAUAAGGUCAGCUUUUUUAUUGUGAUUACGUAUGACUAAGCUUGUCUGUACUCCAGUGUGGUAAAAAUAAAAUGUCUGCUAUUAA